UCAUGACGAGAUUCGAAUGAGAGGAAAUUUCCCAAACAUUUGGUCCUUCGAGCCGGAUGCAUCGUGGUGACGUGACACUCAAUAUUCGUUUGCGAGCACUUGCUCUUUUCUCAUUUCGCGUACGGCAUAAAUUCAUAAAUUCAGUGCGUCUCCUUGUGAUCACGUGCGCCAUUCGUGACAAGGACUCGCUGCCAUCUCAGUGUUGUCACGACGUGAUCACGCAGUAACGAAGUGACAUUCUCGAGGGCAAAUCGAGCAGCUGUGACUGUGAAUUGAACUUCGCUGUUUUCGUGGCGAACCAACGUUAUCAGCUCUCAGUCUGUUCGGUGGCUCGUGCUGCUCAGUGGUGCUCAUCGUGUGGUGUAGUGUUAUCACCGUGUUCCGCUCAUCAUGCCUGAAACAGAGAAGGCCGCCAAAGCAGAUGCUGAGGAAAAGACGACCUCGGGUCGGCAAUCUCCCCUCACUCUCAAUGUGCCUGGUCAACAGACCGCCCCCAAGGGGACACCUUCUGGCAACACUCAAGGACGCAGCUCACGUCAGACUUCUCCAACUCGUCUCUCCACCGAGCUCACACUCAAGCACUCAAAGCUCAAUGACGUGGAAAAACUUCAUUAUCUCAGAGGCUGUGUGCAGGGCAUUGCGGAGCAGCUCAUUCGAGGUUUGCCUCUCACCGGAGAUUCUCUUCAACCAUCCUGGGAUCUGCUCACCUCAAGGUUUGAGAACAAGAGACUCAUCAUCCAAGCUCACUUUGACAGUCUCUUCAACCUUACGCCUGCCUCACCCAAGAAUGCCGCAUCGCUCAUCCAGCUGGUCACAACAGUGUCCGAGGUGGACAGAGCUCUAAAAUCACUCGGUAUAGCGAAGCACAUGUGGGAUUGCCUUUUAGUCCAUCACGUGUCACGCUUCCUGGACAGAAACACCAGAGUGGCUUGGGAAACCUCGCUUGGAUCAUCUCACGAGUAUCCGCGCUUCACGCAACUUGAGGCCUUCCUCAAUGCCAGGGCGCGAGCAUUGGAGAAGGUGGAGGCCACGCCUUCUCCCUCGGGCCACUCAUUGGAAGUCACACCCAGCUCAUCCAAAUCUGCGAUCAAAAGGGUGACUGCUCACAAAGUAUCCGCUCCCGCGACUUCUCAGACGACUCCACAAGGAUAAGGAAUAUCUCACCAAGAACAUCUCA